AUGUCCAAAGACGGCCGGCUCUUUGCGACAGGAUCGUCGAGCGGUUGUGUCAAAAUCUGGACAGCUACUGGAUCUUGCAUCUGGACCUUUGAAGCACAUUCUGAUAUGGUUGUCUCAACACAAUUUUCGACAGAUAGUCAGAUGCUUGCGUCAUGGUCACACGACCGGAGAAUCAAGAUAUGGAACUUGGCCCGUGGCGUUUGCAAAAACAUCUUGGAGUGUCGUGGUGAAUCAAUCUUGGCACUCUCUUUCUCUGAAGAUGAUCGAUUUCUGGUUGCAGGGUCAUAUGACAAGAACAUAGAUCUUUGGGAUACGAUUCACGGAUCGCUGUUGCGCAGAUUUGAAGGGCACAGUGAUGGAGUCAGCGCCUUAACAUUUUCCUCUAGCAGGAAAUGGCUCGUCUCCGGAUCCAUACUGCGAGGAGAGAUAAAGAUAUGGGACUUGGGACACGGCGAGUGUCUGCAGACUUUCAUUGGGCACGAUGACUCUGUCUCGGCUGUUGCCAUGCCCUCCGUUGGCUCACGUCUCGCAUCAAGUUCUUGCGACGGUUCGAUCAAGGUCUGGGAUCUAAGUGGGCGUCCCAUGUUGAUCCGAACCUUUCACUCCAGAGUACUGCCGACAUCUCUCGCCUUCAAUUCUGCAGAGUCUGACAGUCUCAAGACCAACAUAGGCACUCUAUGUAUCGACCAGCAAGGUUUGAUUGAUACGCAGCCAACGUAUGCUUUCUUCGAAGAUGUCACUUUGCGCGGGUGGGGUGUGGACAGCAAAAGCAGGUGGAUUUUGAAGGGAGGAAAUCGCGUCUUCCAGCUACCUAAGAAGUAUCACCCUUCCCAUUACUGCCUGCAGCAGUCAACGCUAGCAGUUGGUACUUGUUCUGGAGAUCUCCUUUUGGCGCAUCUCCCAUCACGCUCGUUACAUAACAUUGAGAACAGUCUGACAGGGCGGGCGUUCCCUGGAUAUGGCUGGGACAUCAAGUAUGAGCAGGAAAGAGCUAUGAUGGUUUUAGAACAAGCUGAAAGCCCUGAGUAG